AUGUUGCGACUAGGAACGGCUCCUAAUUCUCAGUCGUUACGGAUGCGAUGGGUUUCCGAUAACUACAGAGAUUACAGAGAUGGAUUAGCAGCCGGUCAUAAGGUGGCACAAAUGGAAUUACGUGAGAAGUACCGAAGAGAACUGGAAGCCUGCAAUCCAGUUCAGUCUGCAAACGUGCCGGACAUGAUAUUGACAGCCCAUGGAUCUUUAGGCGCGCUUAUCCGAUACAACUAUGAUUCAUUAGAGUGCCUGGAAAGGAAUAUCAAUCAACUACUAGACAAAUUACCGGUCAUUGAAAUUGCUCUAAAAACCGUUUCCUAUUCCUUCAUUUUCUAA